GACCACUCAACUCAAACAUCUACCUACACAUUUUAUGCUACUAAUACUAAUACGCCCAUCAAUGGAAUUGCGCCACGUGCUCCUGAUAUCCCUCCCCGCACAGGGCCACAUCAAUCCCGCCCUUCAGUUCGCCAAGCGCCUCCUCCGCCUCGGCAUCCGGGUAACUUUCGUCACCAGCAUUUACGCCCGCCGCUGUAUGGACAAGACCGCCGGCGCCGGCGCACUGCCUGACGCCCUCUCUUUCGCCCUCUUCUCGGACGGAUACGACGAAGACUACGACCGCGAAACCCUUGAUCAUGACUACUACAUGUCCAAUUUGCGGAGCAAUGCCUCCAAGGCUUUGAGGGACGCCAUUGCUGCCGCCGCCGACCAGGGCUGCCCCGUCACGCGCCUCGUCUACACUAUCCUCCUGCCGUGGACCUCCCAGGUGGCGCGUGACUGCAACGUCCCCAGCGCGCUGCUCUGGAUUCAACCUGCCACCGUCCUCGACAUAUAUUAUUACUAUUUUCAUGGCUUCCAAGACGAGAUCGCCUCCAAUUCCGGUGACCCGUCGUGGCGGCUUCAGCUCCCCGGAGGACUCCCCCCAUUCUCAAAACGAGACCUUCCAUCGUUCCUCCUCCCGACAACCUCGGAGAAGCAUAAAUUCGUGCUCCCGAUUUUUAAGGAGCAGGUGGACGUGCUGGACAGCGAGGAAAGGCCGAAAGUGCUUGUCAACACAUUCGACGCGCUGGAAGCAGAUGCACUCAAAGCCAUCGACGGCUACGAGCAGAUCGCCGUCGGGCCGUUGAUUCCAUCCGCCUUCUUAGACGGUCAGGAUUCGUCCGACAAGUCCUUCGGCGGCGAUCUUUUUGAGAUCAAAUGCAACAAUUACUUGGAGUGGCUGAACACGCAGCCCAAAUCAUCUGUUGUCUACGUGUCGUUCGGCAGUUUGCUUAGGCUGCCGAAGCCGCAGCUGGAGGAGAUCGGAAAAGCUCUGAUCGACUCCGGCAGACCAUUUCUAUGGAUAAUUCGAACGGACGACGUGGAGGGGAAUUCGAUCAGUCGAUUGGCGGAGCUGGAGAAGAUGGGGAAGCUCGUGCCGUGGUGCUUACAGCUGGAGGUUCUGACGCAUCCGUCGGUGGGGUGCUUCGUGACGCACUGCGGCUGGAAUUCGACGCUGGAGAGCGUGUCGUGCGGCGUUCCGGUGGUGGCGUUCCCGCAGUGGGCGGAUCAAGGGACGAAUGCGAAGCUGAUUGAGGAGGUAUGGCGGACGGGCGUACGAGUGAGGGUGGAGGAUGAUCGGACGGUGGAGAGCGAGGAGAUAAGGAGGUGCGUCGAGGCAGUGAUGAACGGCGGGGAUCAGAGCAGAGAGGUGCGGCGGAACGCGGAGAAAUGGAAGGGAUUGGCUAGAGAUGCUGUGGACGAUGUUAGCGGGUCUUCUACAAGGAAUUUGAAGGCCUUUUUUGCGUAAGGAAGUAACCUAGACUGACAGUCGACCACGGUUCAUCAUCAGAUCCCCACCAUCGAAGAGUUACAACGAAAGAUGGCUAAAUACAGGUAACCAAUUUAAGAGAAGUUGCAAUUAAAUAGUUCCAAUAAUAAUUUCUUGGUGUAGUACAAGCGAUUUCAUAGAAAAGUGGAAAAAUUGGGAAGUAAUUUGUAUUUUGGAGUGGGAGUGGUGCCAAUCUGUUAAUAGUUGCACAAGGGUUUUUUUGUGGGCAUUUCGAUGAUCCAUUUAUGUAGAAGAGGAAUUAUCGAAAACAUAUUUUUUUGUGUUUGUAUUGCAAUUGAUUGAUUGGUAUACGAUAAUAAAGGCGAAUCAAGAAGAUGCUUUUAGGGUUGGGGAAGUUUAUUCAGUAGGUUCUUUUUUGUUUGGUGUUCUAGGUUUUGAAUGACCUAAUGUUAAGCAAUACAAUGAAUUAGUCGAUUCCUCCAUUAUCCAGUCUGUUGUGGGAAUCAAUUAAAUCAUCUAAAAUGUAGAUAAGAACAAAAUUCAUAAUUACCAUAUUUAUUAUAAAAAAAGGUAAAUUACCGUCGUAUCUUUCCCA